AUGAGACAUGCGUCUGACUGGUGGCGCCCUAUAGCAGCGAUGCAAUCAAAUCGGCAAAAGAUGAGUGCCAGUGUACGUGAUGAAGCAGCCACAUUGGCAUAUCGCCUCGCUCGUUACAUUGGCUCGGAACAAGACCUUCGUGCUCUUGGGCUUCCCAGUGCCGAUGCUUUGAUGGAGCUCGUAUGUCAGCACGAAACAAACGCCUUCACGUUGGCGGAUGCACAUCUGAAUCCUCUUGGCGUAUGCAUUGAACCAACAUUCGCACUUAUAAACCACUCUUGUGAUCCAAAUGCAGUUAUUGUUUUUCCUGACCGCGUGCGUGGCAUGCCAAGCAAGAUGCAUUUAGUGGCGAUCCGAGCAAUUAGUGCCGGUGAAGAGGUGCGAAUAUCGUACGUGGAUGUGGCUUCGUGCCAAGCUGAACGGCAAGCAACAUUGCUAGAGCGAUACUGCUUUGCAUGUGAAUGCCGACUCUGCAAACGUAUGGGCUGGCGCGACCCCCGCAUGGCACUGUGGUGUCCCCAGCCGAAAUGCACUGGUUGGGUAGUGUUUCAAAACGCAGCAUCCUCUUGGACAGCCUGUACACAAUGCGAACAAGUGCCGAACUACGUGGAUACGCGUGCCCUAGAUGCAGCACCUGCACUUGUGCGACAUGUGCAACAAGCGAUGUACGCGCAAGACGAAAGCGCGACCCUUCCAUCGAGCUCCAUCAUUUGCGAUACACUACGUCAGCUAUGUACGCAGGCACUUCCAUCGCAUUAUAGUGUGUGGCCAUUGUUGUACGCAGCACAUACACUGGCAAUCGAGGCACACGCUUGGCAUGACGCUGUGCAAUGGACGAUGCUCUUGUGCGUAGGAAUGCAGGCGGGAGAAAGAACGUCGCAAAAUGAGAUUAGCACAGCUCUAUACCCGGCUGGGCAUCCACAGCGAGCCGUGUUGCUAGCUACGUUAGCUCGCCUUCUGUGUCAAGACGCGGUGUUGGGGCUUGAUUCGCUUGUUCGUUCCGUCACACGCGCACUUGCAUGGCCACCGAUCCAUCUCGAUGCGCCUGACGCACGUGGCAGGUUGGCCCAGGCAGCGUUGGUCCAGGCUCUACAAGAGGCCAUGGUGGCGUUUGGAAAAGAAACAGGCGGGGGUGCAAUCGGUGCAGAGAUCCGCGAGAGCCUUGGAGAAUAA